GCGGCCCAGAGGAGGCGGCACGGCCGCAGCAGAGCCGGGGCUCAGGGGCACAGCGAGGCUCGGCCGGCGGAGCGGCGCCAUGCGGCGGGCUCGGGCCGCGGGGCUGCCGGCGCUGGCCGCGCUGCUGCUCGUGGCUUUGGCCAGAGCCCAGGUGCAGCAGGAGCCGUUCCUGGAGACCACCGAGGGCACCGACAUCAACAUCACCUGCUCACAUCCCCAAAAAGUGAGCGGCGAUUUCAUCCAUUUCUACCGUCAGCUGCCGGGUCGAGCACCCGAAUUCCUCGCCUUCGCUGCUAGAGGCUCCAAGGAUGUGGCGGGCAUUGCAGGAACGCUGUCGGUGUCGGAGGACGGGCGCUCCAGCGCGCUGUGGCUGGCUGUGCCCCGGCGCGGGGACGCGGCCGUGUAUUACUGCGCGCUGGGGGCCACGGGCAGAGGAGCCGGGGCUGCGGCCGGGCACGAACCGCCGCGGGCGGGGCCGGGCGGGGCCAGCAGGGGCCGCUGCCGCUCCGCCCGCCGGGCUCCCGGGGCGCGGCUCCGCAGCUCCUUCCUCUGCCCCGAGCCCGCCCGCACCGGCCCCGCACGGCCCCGCACGGCCCCGGCGCGCCGCACAACCCGCCUGCGACCCGCGCUCGCACGCUCGCCACGCACCGCCCGGCCUCCCCUCGCUCCCGAGCCCGCCGCUGCCUCACGCCAAACUGCUGCGGGCUGCGCCUCUGCCGCCGCCUCUCGCCCUCCGGACACGGCUGCUGCUGCUCUCGGCCUGCUUUGCAAAGCCACGAGCUGCUCCUUGACAGCACCUGGGCUGGGAGCCGGCAAAGCAGCUGCGCUGACGGGCACACGGGGGCUAAAUAAUGCAGUGCUGUCGCGUCAAGGGGUCAUGGAUUGAGAGAAGUUUUCAGUGAGGCUUUCUGAGGUGACCGAGGAAUGUCCACCUCUGUCUCUGCAGAAAUGUCUCUGUUCCAUACUGCAAGAGGAAUAAGAAGCAGCAUUCUCCCAGGGAUGGGUAAAGAACUUGUUAAUUGAAUCCCACCAGAGCCUGGAAUUCACUUCUCUACAUUUUUUUCCCCUCCCCAAAUGUCCACAAACACCCAUGGAUGUGCAUUCAGCAUCUUUCUGAAACAGUAGAACAUUGGGAAGGGAAAACGAUCAAUCAGUGUGAGUACAGGAGCGUUUCAAAUCUGCCGAGGAGCCUAUGACACCCAC